AUGGAGGACGACGCGCCCGUAAUCUACGGCCUGGAGUUCCAGGCGCGGGCCCUCACGCCUCAGACCGCGGAGACAGAUGCCAUUCGGUUUUUGGUUGGGACGCAGUCUCUCAAGUAUGAUAAUCAGAUCCACGUCAUAGACUUUGACGACGAGAACAACAUUAUCAAUAAAAAUGUGCUCCUGCAUCAGGCGGGGGAAAUCUGGCACAUUAGUGCCAGCCCCGCAGACAAAGGUGUGCUGGCCACCUGCUACAACAAGACUGCAGACAGCAAAGUGGUGACCUGUGCCGCCGUGUGGAGGAUGCCCGCAGAGCUGGAGCCCGGCGGCCAGGAGUCCCCCGAGGAUGCGACGAGCCCCGCACACGCCCUGGAGCUGCUCUGUCACCUGGAGCCCGCGGCCCGCGGCAGCACCGCCUGCAUCGCCUGGGAGCCCGCGGGAGACGGGAAGAGGGUCAUCUCGCUGGCCGACAACCACAUCCUGCUGUGGGAUCUGCAGGAAAGCUCCAGCCAGGCCAUGCUGGCCAGCUCAGCGUCGCUGGAAGGGAAGGGACAGCUGAAGUUCACGACAGGCCGCUGGAGCCCACAUCACAACUGCUCCCAGGUGGCCACGGCGAACGACACGGCCAUCCGAGGCUGGGACACGCGGACCAUGAGGUCAAUCUACUGCAUUGAGAGCGCCCAUGGCCAGCUGGUGCGGGACCUGGACUUCAACCCCAACAAGCAGUACUACCUGGCCAGCUGUGGGGAUGACUGCAAGGUGAGGUUCUGGGACACCCGCAACGUCGCCGAGCCCGUCAAGACCCUGGAGGAGCACUCCCACUGGGUGUGGAACGUCCGCUACAACCACUCGCACGACCAGCUGGUCCUCACGGGCAGCAGCGACAGUAGAGUCAUCCUUUCCAACAUGGUGUCCAUCUCCUCCGAGCCCUUCGGCCACCUGGUGGACGAUGAUGACCUGAGUGACCAGGAGGAGCGCCGUCUGGAGGAGAAGAGCCAGGAGCCCCCGCAGGACAGCGUCGUCGCCACCUACGAGGAGCACGAGGACAGCGUGUACGCCGUGGACUGGUCCUCGGCCGACCCCUGGCUCUUCGCCUCCCUCAGCUAUGACGGGCGGCUCGUCAUCAACCGCGUGCCCCGAGCGCUCAAGUACCACAUCCUGCUGUGA